AUCGACUGCCAUCCAUUUUUAUCAACCUCCACUAAGCGGUUUGUUAUUACCAUCUCUAUUCGACUUGUUAUUCUCGUAAAUUUUGUUAAUGAACUAUGAAGAGAUAUAAGCAAAAACUGCGAGAAGUCUGGCUCCAAAUGCCCGAAUUUAGACCGUGGCUACGACGAGAUCCCGAGGACUCAUACAGAGCACGUUGUCGAUUCUGCAAAUGUGGAGUAAAUACAAAGAUAUGCGACUUGCGCGCUCAUGCGCUUACAAAGAAACACAAAAAAAUGAAUCCUGCAGCUGCAGCAAAAAGAAAUGACUCGAGCAAUGACGAUGACACUUCUUCUUUGGACCACCACAUGGACUACAAACCCAGCAAAGUUACAGAAGCCAAACGCUUUAAAACACAUACUGAGGACAGUAAAAACAAUAUUAAACUGUCUCCAGUAAAAACAGAGAAGAGAGCCAGUAAUGGACCAGACUAUGAGGCCAUUAUAGAGAGUCUAGCGUUAUAUGAGCCGGAACAAAUAUUGUUCUCCAAUGGGUCCACCACACAUUCUGACGAUCAAGUAGAGAAUCCUGCACCCACAGCAAGCAUAGAUGAGGAAAGCAUCACAAAUGCUGUUACCCUUGCCGUCAAGAAUCUUAAGGAUUCAUCACAAAUAUUUGGCGACUUUGUGGCUGAUCGACUGCGACAAUUAUCAUGCAAAACAUCGGAAAAUACCAAGGACAAGAUAAUGCAGGUGCUUUUGGAAGCUGCUGCACUAGACAGAACAACCAAUUGCAACUGACACAGCGGAUAUUUUAUUAGUGUAUAUGUAUAAUAAUUUGAAUAAAUCUCACAAUCAGCCUUAAGUACAAAAGAAUUACUUGAUUGACGGUUUAUUAAUGUAAAUGAACAUAAUUAAUAUCAAUAACAAGGGCACAUAAUAUAAUUUUAAACA